AUGGCUAAAGUUUUAGAACUGGUGGCAUUAUUGGCGAUUUGCAUUAGCUGUGUUUGGAGUUUGGAUAUUUGUGAGGAUCAGGUUGAUGGCGCUCAAAUACUUUACCCCACUGAUUGUUCGAAAUAUGUUGUGUGCAGAUUAGGACAAACUUAUGCAAUUGAACAGUGUACUGAAGGCAGGCAUUUUAACCGGUUGACUUCACAAUGUGAUGAGCCAACCGAGGCAGCUUGCGACGUUGAAGUAAUAAAAAAUUUAUUAGUUAAUAGUGAGGAAUGUAACGUUUGCCGCACAGCAUGUGGAUGUUUGUCAGAAUCAACUUCACCUACCCCAGCAUCAUCAACUCCUGCUUCGCCUACUCCAGCCUCACCUACUCCAGAUUCACCUACUCCAGCCUCACCAACUCCUGCCUCACCUACUCCAGAUUCACCUACUCCAGCCUCACCAACCCCAGAAUCAUCAACUCCUGCCUCUCCUACUCCAGCAUCACCUACACCAGCCUCACCAACCCCAGAAUCAUCAACUCCUGCCUCUCCUACUCCAGAUUCACCUACUCCAGCAUCACCUACACCAGAAUCAUCAACUCCUGCCUCACCUACUCCAGAUUCACCUACUCCAGCAUCACCUACACCAGCCUCACCAAGCCCAGAAUCAUCAACUCCUGCAUCGCCUACCCCAGAAUCACCUACUCCAGCAUCACCUACACCAGCCUCACCAAGCCCAGAAUCAUCAACUCCUGCCUCACCUACUCCAGAUUCACCUACUCCAGCAUCACCUACACCAGCCUCACCAACCCCAGAAUCACCUACUCCAGCAUCUCCUACACCUGCCUCACCAACCCCAGAAUCUUCAACUCCUGCAUCGCCUACCCCAGCAUCACCAACGCCAGAAUCACCAACUCCUGCUUCGCCUACCCCAGAAUCAUCAACUCCUGGAUCGCCUACCCCAGCAUCACCUACACCAGCCUCACCAACACCAGAAUCACCUACUCCAGCAUCUCCUACACCAGCCUCACCAACCCCAGCAUCACCAACUCCCGACUUGCCGACUCCAGCACCUACUAAUUCCCCAUCUUGUUUGAAUGACCUUCAAAUCUGUGUUGGUCAACCAGAUUACAGUAGUGUAUAUUUACCUGAAAGUUGCAGUCAAUACGCAAUUUGUAUUUCGGAAUGUGCCAAUGUACUGUCAUGUCCUAACAAUCUGCUGUAUGAUCUUGCAUCUCAUUCGUGUACCUAUCCAGAAAAUGCUAAUUGUCCAUACCCCCACACAGCACCAAGUGGACCUUCUGCUGGGCCCUCUGGUACCAAAUGUGAACAACAUGGUAAAUGCGAGAAUCAGCCAGAUGGUAGUCUAUUCGCCGACGAUACUUCAAAUGGUUACAUUGUCUGUCAGUGUGAAUGCGAAAUAGCAAGACCUUGUCCAGCUAAUUUAGUCUUCAACGACAGUCUAAAAGUUUGCGAUUAUCCACUAGCAAAUUAUUAA